AUGUGGGAAGAGCUUCAUGGGGAAAGACCCUAUGAGUGUGGGAAAUGUGGGAAGAGCUUCAGAGAUACCUCUGACCUGAUGAAACACCAGGUGAUCCACACAGGGGAACGGCCCUACACCUGCUUGGAAUGUGGGAAGAGCUUUGGGUGGAGUUCCAAUCUGAGGAAACACCAGCGCAUCCACACCAGGGAGAGGCCCUACAAGUGUCCCAAGUGCGGGAAGAGUUUUCGGACCAGCUCCCAUGUCCUCCUACAUGAGCGGAUUCACACAGAGGAGAGGCCCUUCCGCUGCCCCGACUGCGGGAAGGGCUUCAAGCACAGUUCCCACCUCACCGUCCACCGGCGCAUCCACAGUGGGGAGAGGCCCUACGAGUGUCCCCAGUGUGGGAAGAGCUUCUCCAGGGGCUAUCACUUGACCCAACACCAACGGAGGCACCAGUAAGGGAAGCCCUGCGAGUGCCCCGAGUGCAGGAAGAGCUUCGUGCGCUGCUCCAGCUCCAUCCCCCAUGGGAGGAUCGGCGUUGGAUGAUCCCCAGUGACCCCAACCGGUCUGAAGAUUCUCUCAUCUGUCUCACAGCCAUCUCAAGGACAGAGACUGAGACCCUGAAUAUCACAAGGGACUUGGCUUGGGGGUUUGG